AUGAAGACUGUUGAGUACAAAGUGAAAAUCUGUACAGGACACUCUUUAUUUGGCAAAUCCUGGAGCAAAAUCUACAUAAAGCUGGUGGGGGAAGAUGGAGAGGGGAAGCGCACUCGACUGCACAGCGCGGUUUCUGUCUUUGCAGGAAAGGAGACCACCCACACCGUGAGCUGCUCCAAACCUCUCGGGAAACUUGUGUUGAUUGAACUGGAGAAAAUGAAGCAGCUUUUGCUCCCUGAAAUGCCCUGGUUUGUGGACAAAGUUGAAGUGACAUGUCCAGAAGGCAAGUUUUACACAUUCCCCAUUUACCUCUGGAUUAGGGAUGAAGAAAUCCACUUCUUCAGAGAAGGAAAAGCUCUCGUGGUCGGACUAGACCGAAGUCUUGUUGGCAAAUAUUCAAGAGACAAAGAGUUACAGGAAAGAAGGAAUCAAUACGGCUGGAAGGAGUAUGCCCCGGGUCUGCCCCACAGCAUCGAUGUAGACGACAUCGGCCAGCUGCCAUGUGAAGUCCAGUUCUCCUUCACUAAACUGAAACAGUUCGUCUUAACAGCAGCUGAAGGAGACACCUCUCCAAUUCUAUCACCGCAGUUUGGUUCUGGAGCUAAAGUGGCCAUUUUAUUUCCUCAUUUUAAACGGCGCCGUGAUUUGUUUCAUGUCAAUAUGUCCACGCCGGCGCUGGACGCUUCUAUUGUUUUUGUCGACCUGCAGGAGUGA